CUCCGGUCGCGGUGGCGGCGGCGGCGGCAGUGGAGGAAGAGGAAGAGGAGGUGGAGGGAAAACCGUGCGGCCCGAGGUCGCCGCGGCCCCAGUAGUGGUGGGCUCCGGAGGGCUCGCCUCGUCCUGCCCCGUCUGCGAUGCAUCCGCGGCGCCCGGACGGGUUCGAUGGCUUGGGCUAUCGCGGGAGUGCGCGGGAUGAGCGCGGCUUCGGCGUGGCCUUCCCUGCAAGGUCCUUCAGCUCCGGGCCGGAGCUGGGCCACUGGGUGACCACUCCCCCAGACAUCCCCGGGAGCCGCAACCUGCACUGGGGCGAGAAGAGCCCGCCCUAUGGCGUGCCCGCCCCCUCCACCCCCGAGGGCCCCGCCGAGGAGCCCUUGCCCGGCGGCAGCAGCGGCGGCGGCGGCAGCGGCGUGCCCGCGGGGCCGAGCACGGAACAGUUGAGUAGAUUUGCUGGAUUUGGUAUUGGACUUGCAAGUCUCUUUACAGAAAAUGUACUGGCUCAUCCUUGCAUUGUUCUACGCCGCCAAUGUCAGGUUAAUUACCAUGCUCGGCAUUAUCAUCUCACUCCAUUUACAGUCAUCAAUAUUAUGUACAGCUUCAAUAAAACUCAGGGACCAAGGGCCCUUUGGAAAGGAAUGGGAAGUACAUUUAUUGUCCAGGGAGUCACACUUGGAGCAGAAGGAAUAAUUAGUGAAUUCACACCUUUACCAAGGGAGGUUUCACAUAAGUGGAAUCCUAAACAAAUAGGAGAACACCUUCUGCUGAAAUCCCUAACUUAUAUAGUGGCAAUGCCUUUUUAUUCAGCAAGUCUGAUUGAAACAGUACAGAGUGAGAUAAUUCGAGAUAAUACUGGGAUUUUGGAAUGUGUUAAAGAAGGCAUUGGAAGAGUGAUAGGCCUGGGAGUGCCUCAUAGCAAACGACUACUUCCUCUUCUCUCCUUGAUCUUCCCCACGGUGCUGCAUGGGGUUCUUCAUUACAUCAUCAGCUCCAUCAUUCAGAAGAUCGUCCUACUAAUUCUAAAGAGAAAGACUUACGGCCACCCAGCUGAUAGCACUAGCCCAGUGCAGAGUAUGCUGGAUGCUUAUUUUCCAGAACUAAUUGCUAACUUUGCUGCCAGUCUUUGCUCUGAUGUUAUACUUUACCCUUUGGAAACAGUUUUGCACCGCCUUCACAUUCAAGGAACACGCACAAUAAUUGACAAUACAGACCUUGGCUAUGAAGUGCUUCCAAUUAAUACACAGUAUGAGGGAAUGAGAGACUGUAUCAAUACCAUAAAGCAGGAGGAAGGAAUGCUUGGUUUUUAUAAAGGGUUUGGUGCUGUUAUAAUACAGUACACACUGCAUGCAGCUGUCUUACAGAUAACCAAAAUCAUUUACUCUACGCUUCUUCAAAAUAGCGUUUGAGAUAUAAGUUCCCGAUUAGUCUAAAAGGCACAAUCUGGACACUUUGCUAUGAAAUUGUGAGGGAUAAAAGUGAAUACUUGGGGGGGAAAUGGAUUAGAAGUGAAACUGGUAGAGAAAGCCCAUGCUCGUUAUAUUGACUUUUUUUUUUUUUCUUAAGGCAUAGGUCUCUUUGGGAUCAAAAGUAUUACAAAUUUGAAAACUCAAUAAAAAUAAUACUCAUCAAUUAAAUUCUAGCUAGUGUAGCACACAUACUGAAUAAAAAUGAUCUUGGGCAGAAGCAAAAAUUUAUCAGCAAACACAAAACAAAAUUUUACAGAGCUGAAUUUAUUCCAUCUAACUUUAAUAUUUAUUACAUGUUUAUUUUACCUUCUUGGUUGAUAUCGGUAUGUCAUCCUUAAUGUGUAGUAUCAAGAGGUCAUAGUUUACCUUCAAGCAAUAAAUAUGUAACCAGUGAUAAUGAUGAGAAGGAUUAGAUUUGGCAAUCUGUAAUCAGGAGUUGAAGUUUUAAAUUGUAUUAUCCCUAUAUAACGUUUUAAUGGCUGCAUAUUAUAUAAAGCCAUUUAUGUUCACAUACAAAACUUGGAAUUUCCUUCCUUUCAACAAAUUUUCCACCCUUAGAUCAGCUUAUUGCAUAAGAUGAAGUCACACACUUUCUGCUUAAAUAUCAAAAUAAAAUAUUAAAAGCCAAGGUAUCCAAAGAUUUAAGGCAAACAGCAUACUUGUCUAUAUCCAAAUGCAACAUUUCGGUACCAGCAACUUGAUAUUCGUCAUAUGUUUAUAAAGCUUGAUUUGCUUACCUAGUUAUGUGAAUCAUCAGGCUGUUUUUAGAGCCACUCUUAACAGAGAUAGAAAAUAAAAUAAUCAUGACAACUAUUACUGUUUCUAAAUUUAGAAAUUGUGUAUUGAAAGGAAUGUCACUUGUCUUUCAUUUCUGAAUGACUUGUCUUAGUGGAGACGUGAUUAAAAUUCACCUGGGAAUUUGUGCCUCUUGCCUUCUGUAUAGUUAUCAUAAAUUAAUGUCUUCAGUUUUUAUUCCAGGUUUGUUUAUAAUUUCAUACUCCAAACUAGAUAUACAUAAAUGGAAAAGCAGGUCUCUCCUUAACACCUUUUAUUUAAACUUGUUUGGAUGAAUACUGAAGAAAAAAUAUAAACUUUAAAGGAAGUUUGUCCUCACUUUUUAUGGAUGAGGUAAAGAGGUAAAUUUAAUAAAUACUAAGCAAAAAAAUUGUAUGUUCCUAAAUGGAUGAAGUUCUUUGUAUAGUAAAAUGAUAUGCAUUUGACUGAUCCAUCAUUAAACAUUUUAAAGUUUCAUUUCCUCCUGUAAGUGGUCACAGUUUUACUAUGAGCCAUGUAGCACACAAGUGCAAUGACUUUGCACUUAUAUUUUCCAACCAGAUUUAUAAAUAGAUUUAUUUUAGUUGCUAAAUAUCAGAGAAGUGGUUACUUGAUGUGAUUAAUAAUGUUGGAAUCAAAAAUGAUAUCCAAGAAGUGUGAAACAGUAUUUAAGUAGCAACUCUGUCUACUAUCCUGUGUUGUAUGUUUGUGGGUGGUUUUUUCCCCCAAUUACUAAAACAUACAAGUUUUAUGUUUUUAAAUUUCACCAAGAGAGGAAAAAUAAAAUUAAACACCACUGA